AUGACAAAGUAUUGUGUGGACGGGUGCAAGAGGUUAGACACAACCAAUGCGCGUGAUACUUUGUCUCAGUCGGACUUCACUCAAACGGACACCGUGAGGAACCCGAGGCCGAUCCCGAGAGCGUGGCUAGCUCCCUCGCCGUGCUCUCUGCCGGGUAGUGAGCUGACGCAGCCCUUCAUGUCUCCAAGGUACCCAGGAGGGCCACGGCCAGGAGUUAGGAUGCCACAGAUGCCCAAUGACUUCAACGGGCCUCCAGGACAGCCAAUCAUGCCGAACAGCAUGGACCCCACACGCCAAGGAGAUGGAGACUUUGUUGGGUGGCAAGGUAGGAACUCGCCUGGCAAGUUCCCUCUCCACCAAUCAGAUCUUGGAUUGAUCCAUCUCCAUCACUCAGAGCUCAGGAGUCCUCCUGGGAUGAAUCCAAGGAUGGCUGGACCUCGAGGCCCAGCCAUGGGUCCAGGCAUGGCUCCCAUGGGUCCAGGAGGCUAUGGACCAGGCAUGAGGGGGCCUCCACCUAGCAGUAUGGGUCCAGGAGGGCCAGGAGGGCCAGGACCUGGGGGCCCAGGCCCAGGCAUGCCACCUAUGAGCAUGGGUGGACCUGGGCCUAGACAACCAUGGACACCUAACACAUCAACUCCAAUGAGUUACUCUUCGUCCUCACCAGGAACUUAUGGUGGAAUGAUGGGUCCACCAGGCUCUGCAGGUCCCCCUGGUCCCGGUACUCCAAUCAUGCCGAGCCCUCAAGGGUCGAGUGGAGCUUUCUCUCCCGCCCGUCUGCCCCCCACCCCGCGGCCAGACACAUCAAACAGUGGAGCUGAUGGGAUGUUCCCCAUGAUGAAACCUGUACCUGGGCAAGGAAUGCCAGGGGACUUCCCCUUGGGAGGUGGCCCUGACGGACCAAUGGCAGGUCCUAUAGGCCCUAACACUAUGGGUCCUGUUAUGAAUGGUGAUGGUUUGGAUGGUAUGAAGAACUCUCCUGCUAAUGGUCCUGGCACGCCGCGGGAUGAUGGGGGUGGCAUGGGGGACUACAACUUGGCAGGCUUCGGGGGCCCUCCAGACAGUGACUUAAACAGCCGUGAAAGCACCUUAGGCAUCAUUUGAAAGCAGGCGUGACAAUGGUUGCGUGAGGACCAAGUUUAGAGUGCGACUUGUGAGUAUCGUGAGUGAGUCCGGCCGCCGCUACCUGGCUGCUGAUCGCUGUCCUACCUGUGUCCGGUGUGGGCCCUGUCCUGUCCCGACACUAUCCCAACACUCUCCCGCACUAUACAACACCUUUGCACCAUACGACAUUCUUGCAUUAUACAGCUGUUGUCUUUAAUGAAUAAACUUUCACUGUGCACUCUCACAAAACUACAACACUAAUGUUCUCAGUGACACUACUAUGAUACAAUAUUUUAAAAUUGAAGUGAAUACACCCCUCUUUUAGA